AUGAAAUCAAUCAAGAAGAACAUAGAAAAUCUAUAUCCAUAAUUUACUGUUGUCGAAGUGCUUCGCUAUAAUAAAUUCAAAAAAACUAUUAUCCUUAGAAGAGUUAAUUAGCCUUACAUCUUAAGGUUGUACAGUUUAGAAGGAGUUAAUAAGGAUAAAGUAAUUUCUUUAAUCCAAUUAAUUAAUAAACUAUCUAAGACUUGUAGUCCUCAUAUAGCUAAAUUUUAUGAGGCCUCUCAUGAUGCAAAUAACACUUAUUUAGGAGUGAUAAGCUAAUACAUUGACACUCAAUAUUAAUGUCCCUUAAAUGAAUAAGAAAUCCUUUAUAUUCUAAUUCAGGCUUGUUCUGCAAUUGAAUUAUUUCAUCCUAAGCAUUCUCAUGGAAAAAUAAGUUUAUCAAAUCUAUUCUGCUCUUAAAAAACUACAAUAUUGGGGGAUAUGAAUAUUUUGUAUUAUCUUCAUUAAGAUAACUAUUAAGAUAUAUAUUUAUUAGCUCCAGAAUUUGUAAAAUAAAAAAUUUAUGAUUGUAAAUCUGACAUAUGGAUGCUUGGAGUAUUGGUUUAUUAACUAAUGUUUAAAGAACAACCAUUUAAAGCCAAUAAUAUCAAUGUAUUACAUAGACAAAUACUAAAAGGGAUUAAAUUUAUAUAUCAUCCAUAAUAUAGUCUAAAUUUAAAUAAUUUGUUAAGAAUACUGCUCUCCUAUGAUCCUGAACUGAGACCCACCAUAAGUUCAAUUAGAACUUUCGCAGAGUAAGCUUUGAUAAGUUCAGAAAAGUGCGAUAUUUUCUAAAUCUUACCAAAAUAUAAGGUGGAUCAAGUCAUAUUACAAAAGAAGAAAAAAGAUAGUAAACGUAAUGUGAGGGAUACCUAAAUUUAUCUGAAUGAUCAAACUUUGAAGUAUCCUUCAUUUAAACCUUCUAAAAUCCUAAAAUAGGAGAAGAAGAUUUACCAAACAAAUCCAUCCCCUCAACGUCAAGGAGAGAACUCGAAUAAUAAUGAUAGUUCUGUGGAGAUUUAACAAUAAUUUCCGACAUUGCAGCUGGAAUAAUAGAUAGAGAGUAAAAAGAAUUUAUCUUUUACUGAGAAAUACUCUCAAUCAUCAAAAAAGAAACUGAAUUACUCUUAGAGUUCUCAAAAACAAUAACAAAUAAGUUAGGAAUCCCUUUAUCCUGUUCAAUUACCGAAAGUGCUGUAAUAUUCAUUUAAUAAGAUUAAAUUCCGACAUGAAUUGAGUCCCACAAAAUUUCAGAAUGAAACAGAUUAUUAGGAGAAAGGUCCAAGUAGUUUUCUUCAGUAUCAAGACAAGCAUGUGGAAUAAAAAAUUAGGAGAUCUCCUCCUAAAAUGCUAUUCCAUCCAUAUGUGGAAUCGGCUUAGAGAUCUUUCAGUUAAAGACAAUGA